GUUUUUGGUCAUCUCACAAAUGUGUGGUUGAUACAUUAAAAUAUCAUACAAAGUCUUCUUAUAAAAAGAAUGCAUUCAUUCUGGCAAAGUAUGGAGUUGUUUGGGUGACUAGUAUUAAAUCUGCAGCAAUUUACUUGGCAUUUUUCUCGACAGGCUUUUCUGAAGGAAGAUACUGCUAUAAUUCAACUUGUUAUGUUUGAUGACCUGAUUGGAUGCAUUGUUUAUCUACUGUUCACCAUUUUUGAUACUCGUUUGUUUGGAUCAGGUUCAAUUAGAGGUAUGCCUUAAAAGCAUAGCAUAUUUAGUGCCUUGUCAUCAUGAAGGUUAGUUGGUAUUUAUUAAGGCUACAAAAUGAGUACAGGAAAGAAAAAAGAAAGGACCAUGAAUUGUCAAAUGGUUUCUAGUAGUGCUAUUGCCUGGAUAGGAAGACACUGUCACACCUGUUAUAGGAAGGUUGCGGUGUUUGCCCACUGUGUCAGGGUCCUCUUCCUGCUUAACAUUUUCUUUGUUUUCCCAGGCGUCAACAGGAAGCAGAACUGAAACUAAUAGAAGAAGAAACUGCAAAAAGAGUGGAGGAAGCAAUUCAGAAAAAGGUUGAAGAGAGCUUGAAUUCUGAAGAAAUCAAACUAGAAAUUCAGAGGCUAUUGGAGGAAGGCCGAAGGAAACUUCAUGAUGAAGUUGCAGCUCAGCUUGAGAAAGAGAAGGAAGCUGCCCUUAUUGAAGCUAGGGGAAAGGAGGAACAAGCUCGAAAAGAAAAAGAGGAGCUAGAAAGAAUGCUUGAAGAGAACAAGAGGAAGGUGGAAGAAGCUCAAAGAAGGCAAGCACUAGAGCAGCAACGAAGAGAGGAGGAGCGUUAUCAGGAGCUAGAGGAGCUUCAAAGACAAAAUGAAGAGGCCAUGAGGAGGAAGAAGCUGCAAGAGGAGGAAGAACGUCGAAACCAGAUGAAAUUGUUGGGAAAGAACAAGCUUAGGCCGAAGUUAUCAUUUGCACUUGGCUCAAAAUGACUUCUUGUUGGCAGUAAGUCAUUUCCUCACACAUAUAUGCCCCUGGAGCGGCACUCUGGCAUUUUUCAUUUUGAGGAAAUCAUGUCGUUAGUACAGCGUUUAGAUUUGCAUUGUGUGCUCAAAUCUUUUAUGGCUAGGUUGAAUGCUUGUAUGGAUUUAGAAUUUCAAAAGGCUUGUGAUUUGUUCAGGGAAGUAAUCCAUAAACAUUGAUCGAGAUAUCUGUGAGUGUAGAGAACCAAUUUAUAAUGACAGUAUGUAAGUUUACAAUGUUAUAUAGCAUCCAGCUAUGUAUAUUAUUUUCAUUGAUAUAUUGUUAAAGUCACUAUUAAAUUUUUAUAUUAAUU